AUGGAUUAUGGCAGCACUUGUUUGUUAUAUGGAUGGAUGAUUGCAUUGGGGAAGAUUGUUAAGGCGUUGAGGGCGAGUAAGAAGAGCGGGGUGGAUGAUGCGAUGAAUGGUGUUAAUGGGGUGAUGGGAGUUAAUGGGACGAUGAGUGCCAAAGAGGAAUUGGUGUCGAGGAUGAGGGAGAGUAGUGAGGAGGUGGCUAGGGUUAAGAAGGAAAAUGCUAGGUUGAGGAGGGAGGUGUUGACGUUGAGGACGCUGUUGAAGGGGCAGGAGAGUGCGGUGUAG